GGCCGGGCCGGCGCCUGCCUGGUUGCGGCAGAGCUGAAGCGGCGGCGGCUCCUCUCCGGUUUCCCCCCUUCAUGGCGGCCCGCCGGCUCCGGGAAGCUCUGCGACUGGGAGCGCGGGGAGGGCUGCGCUUGAGAGCGGCCUCGGCCGGCAGCUUAUCUAAAAGCUACCAGGCCUCAGAAGCAAAGAAUCCAGGGGGUUGUGUCUUCUUUCCUCACUCCAUCUGGUUGGACCAGAUGCCCUUUUGUGAUCUUCAGCACAUGCCAUCCUGUGGGAUUUUGAUGAUCCGGGCUCCCCAUGCUGUUGGCAACCACAACUGGGAUCUCAGUGCCCAGCACAGCCGGACAUUCAUCAGCCUUACGGGGCCUUUCACCAACAAACGGAAGGAAUAUUCGGAAAGAAGGAUCAUUGGUUACUCCAUGCAGGAAAUGUAUGCUGUUGUGUCCAACGUGGAGGAAUACAAGGACUUUGUUCCCUGGUGCAAGAAAUCAGUUGUGGUUUCUAAGCGCACAGGCCACGCGAAGGCCCAGCUGGAAGUUGGAUUCCCUCCCGUUGUGGAACGUUACACAUCCAUUGUGACGAUGGUGCGGCCCCAUCUGGUGAAGGCUGUCUGCACUGAUGGGAAGCUGUUCAACCAUCUGGAGACUAGCUGGCGUUUCAGCCCUGGCAUUCCUGGCUACCCUCGAACCUGCACAGUGGACUUCUCAAUUUCUUUUGAGUUCCGCUCCUUGCUGCACUCGCAGUUGGCCACAGUUUUCUUCGACGAAGUAGUCAAGCAGAUGGUGGCAGCCUUUGAGCGACGGGCGGGAAAGAACUUCGGACCGGAGACUCGCAUUCCCCGAGAGCUCAUGUUCCACGAGGUGCAUCAGACGUGAAGGCUGCCCGGCUGCUGUGGAGGCCGCACGGACGCUUUGUGCUGGGUGUGCACUCAUGGGCUUACCCAGUCAUCUGUUUUUACCUAUUUAUUUGGUUUCUCCUGAUAUCCUGUCUAAUUUAUCCACUGGACCUUGUGUGAUGAAAGAGAUUUGUUCCCCAAAAAAGGGUGGGGGUAGGCAACUGUGAUGCCUAUGGAACAGCCUUUCAGCCUUCUGGUUUAUCUGGCCAUGCACUUACGCUGGGUCACUUUUUUGUUGGUUAGCACAUUUUAUUUUACUUUUCAGUCCCCGUCUUGUAAAUCCCCAUUCUGAGGAAUUUCUGUCUAGCCCAUUGUCCUCCACCCCCAUGGCAUAUGCCAGCGUGGCUGCCUUAGGCUGUGGACUGUGCCAAUCCCCGUUUCUUGAAAGCAGGGUAGCAGAAGCAAAGCACACGUGUAUGAUUAGGUUAUUUUUGUGUGCAUCUUACAUCAUGUGAAAAACCAACUGGGGCUGCCUCUUGGUUACACAAAAAGUGGGGGAGGGAGGCUGUAUCCGUUGCUGGAUAGUCUCACUCGUGUUUGGAUAUGCAUCAGCAAAAUAGUAACGUUAUUGGUCCAGCCUUGCUCUGGGACACUUGAAGCCAAACACAGUGCAGAAACAUAGUGGAGGAGAGGCAGACAGAGACAAUGGUGGCAGAAAGGGGAUGUUCUGUAACAGCUGCUAUGGGGCUCUGAAACAAGCAAGCAGUGUGUACUGCAACUGUACAGUGUAUCAGUACUGGUUGCGCUCUUCUUCCUCAUCUGUACUUGGUUUCUAGUUAGAAUGUCUUGGGUAGAUGUGUGCAAAGGAGCUUUAACACUCAAGGAAACAUGCAUGCCAAAUGAAGGCUGAAAAGGUCUGGCUCUUGGAGUCUGGAUAACUUAAGAGGUGUGAGAAGAGAAGCCUCCAAUGGCUAGGAGGGAGGCAAGGCAAGGAGAAACCAUGCAGCUCUUUCUUCAAAGUCCAGGCCAAGUUCUUGUGUCCUGGUUUCAUUUAGACCCAAUUUCCCAAAUAUGAUCUGGGUUCCAGCAGCAGGAACAGAGAGAGUGAUGUCUGAGCUACCCUCCCUAGUGGAGAGAAGUGACCAAGGCGUAUUGAGCGCUAGAAGCGCUGGAGCGGUGAUGUCAGCAAGCCUCCUCCAUUUUAUCAGCUCCGUUGGUUGCACGUUGGCUCUAUAUACAGUGGCUGGGAAACAGGGUCUCUUCCCCCUUCCUUGCCUCCCAAGAAUCGUGGCUGCUCUUUCUGCACAGAGACAGUAGAGUGCCUUCUGUUCCCCUGACCCCAGUGUGGGUGUCCCAGGAAAGCUCUCUUUCAGAGGUCCACGUGUUUUGCUUAACUUUGCCACACUCUGUACUCUGCUAAUCAGGAAGAUAAGUUUACCUAAGUUAGUUGCACAUUUUGCACAAAUCACGGGCGCACAUGAUUGCUGGGGCUGGGGGAGAGGGUCUGCCCUGGCAAGAUGCCAUCUAUCAAAUGCUCCCGUACCAAGGGCUGAGCCAUGCAGGAUACUGCAUGAUUUGAGUUCUAGCGAGUGGUUGGGUGGUAGGAGUGUGUGUGAGAGAGUGAGUGCACCAUGUAUCCUCUUGUAGUUUUCCAUCGACUGUUUUCUUGAGGCUGAAUGGGGUCAUUUUGCAGAGAAGAAGAAGAGGGGGAGUUGUGGGGGUGGGGAGGAGUAGGAGUAGGGUAGCAAGAUAAAUCUUAUGCACGGCUUUCCUGUGGGUCAUGUAGUCUGACCCCCCCCCCCACACACACACACACUUUACUUCCUCAGGUGUUUGUGGCUUAGUAGCUCUAUGCCUAAACCAGUGCACUGAGAUAGGUCUGUCCUGUGAAUGGCUUAGCAGAGGGUUGACUUACUAAUAAACGUGAACCUAUCACACUCUGCGGCUUCCUCCAGGAUUAAGAUUCCCAGCCCUGCUCCUCUCUUUGUAGCUUGGCUUAUGGCCUAGGUGGAAUUUGCCCCAUGAGGCUGUGUGCUGCAGCAGAGAUGCUUGAUCCGUCACUUGUUUUGAUCUAGCAUGGCGCUUUCCCCAGGUCCCGUAUCUUUCUCUGAUGGCUUCCCUUUAUUCCACAUACAGCUGUACAUUUUGUGUACAUUGUUUAUCAGCUUCCUUUACAUCUGUGCAGUGCCUCUGUUGACGACUUGCCCGUAGACUGCUUGCUUGCCUGCCUUCUAUGUUGAAUUUGCAACCUGGAUUUCGGGUGACUCCCUUGAGUCCAGCCCCUCAUUCCUGGCAGGUUUCAAACAUGACCUUUUGCAGUGUAGAACUACAUAGUGAUCAGUGGAACUGUAUAGAUUUAGACCUGUAUAGAUUUAGACCUCCAGUCUGUAUCCUUUGUUGAAAGAUCUCCCUCCCCCCAGAGAUCUUUCAUAUUUGGAAGCACUUUUCCCCUUCCUGCUUUAAAAAAAAUAGCAUUCUUUUCUCACAAGCUGAAAAAAGACUUGGUUCGAAAGAAACACCCUUUUGCCUUUGGCUUGCUCUCCCUCCCAGUUUAUGCUGUCAGCCUACACACAAGACAGGUGCGCUCAACUAUGGUGCAGCAUAUAUGCCAGCUGUCCGUCUCUCUCCUCUAACCGUUUUUGGAAGGAAAGGGCAACAUUUUGAAAGCCAGUUUCCCGGAGCCAGAGAAGGCAUGCAAGCACGUAUUUCUCCUCUCAGUUUAUUUAAAGAAGCAUUCGUGUUGGUGAGGAAGCCACCUCCGGAGGAGCACUAGCUUCCCUUUUUCUAAUUACCCAGGAGGAAGUCUUCCUGACUUAACGGACCAAGCACGUUCUGUGCCGCGCGACCAGAAAAGAGCAAGUUUCCUAUGGAAUCUUCAUGUUUACUUGACCUUGUUGCUAUCCUAAGGGCGCAUUGUGAGGGAGGAGGUGCAACUAGAGUGGCUGGAAAUGAGGAGAUCCUCUAUCUUUCAAGGGUAGGGGAUCCUCUGCCUUUCAAGGGUAGGGGAUCCUCUAUCAAGGGUAGGCAAGGGUAGGGGAUCCUCUAUCUUUCAAGGGUAGGGGAUCCUCUGUCUUUCAAGGGUAGGGGAUCCUCUGCCUUUCAAGGGUAGGGGAUCCUCUGUCUUUCGUAGGGGCAACCUGCCCUUGUCCCAUCCUAGCUGUCUGACCAGCACAGAAUGCUGGACAGCGCUCUCUUUUCCCAUUUUGUUUUCAGCUUCGAUGCUGUGGGUUCCUACCCGGUCCAAUUACACAGAAGAGAGAUUUGAUUGAUUCAGAGCCCUGCCUCACCCGUGAAUGUCAGCAGCAGGUGGCUGCGAACCAAGUUGCUGCCUCUCAGCCACACCUCCUGCAAAGGAUAGUUCAGGGAGGGGGGCAUCUUUUAAUCUUCCUACUGUAUAGCAUUCUUAGUACACUGUCACUGAUCAGCCUGCUAAGGUUGCAAUCUUGUACAUGCUUACUUGAGAGUAAAUCACAUUGAACUCAGUGGACCUUCUCUCUGAAUAUGCUGUGCUUGUUAGGCGAUCCGUUGCUUAGUUUGUCUCCUCAAGAGAUUAGUAAUUCUGAGAAAAAGCUAGCUCUGAGCGCCCUUUGUUGAAUGGCAGGGCAGCAUGUGUGGUGCUGUUCUGCAGAAGCACAGGGAAGGGGUGAAAGGGGGGCAUUCAGAAUAGAAUUUAGCAUCCUGAGAAUCUCAGCUUUCAUUUUUUUAAGUAAAAAUUUUCUAGCCCUUACAGCUAUGAAGAUACGUGAAAAUGUGUAGGCAAUGCCUUACAAAAUCUCAGAAGUCAGAGGGAUAUCGAAGGCUUUCAGUGAUUGGGACGUAGAGUUCAUCAUAGCUCAUUUCUCUUAUUUGCAAGAUAGUAAACUGUGGAAUAAACAGUGCCAAGAACGGGGGGGGAAAGGAUGCACAGUCAAUUUGCAUCAUUCAUACAGGUCGCUGAAUCCAGCUUUUCUUGGUGGCAGAAGUAGGGUUGUGUCAGGGCAUGAACUUCCCAUUUUAGAAUGGAAUGCAGCCAGCCCGCGCAUUCAAGCAGCUACUUCUCAGCCUGAGCACCCACCUCCAAGGUUUCUCUGUACAUAAUAAAACCCCUGCUGGAUCAGACCAGUGGUCCAUCUAGUCCAGCGUCUUACAGUGGCCAGCCUGGGAGGGCCAGCAACAGGGCAGCAGAAGCCAAGGCCUUCCCCUGGUGGUGUCUCCUGGUACUGACGUUCCGAGUCUGGCUGUGCGUUCCAUAAAGCUGGCUGCUCCCUAUGUGGAAAUACAGCCUGUGCAGAGGAAUAACUGUGUGGGGUAGGAAGGGGCAAAACUGCCCCCUCCUCACUUCCAUCAGCUGAACUGUGUUCGUGGAAGAUGUGCAUGAAACCCUUUCACCGCCUUCCCUCCCCUUACUGGACCCUCUGACCCCAGGGACUGGUCUCUGCCAGUCCCACAACCCCAGGACAGAUUAUUUUGGCUGGGCUUCUUCUAUGCAGCCUUGUAUACCACAAGGUUGUUGGAUCCUGUUCUCCGGUACCGGCAUGCCACUGAUUCUGGUCAUUAUUCUGUUUGUACUUGGGGUGUUCUGAGCCUCUCACAGGAGAUUUGCUUCACAGCCACGAGUGUUAGAAACUUGCUUCUUUAAAAAAAUAAAAAUCAAGGUGCUCAUUAGAAGCGCUGCCUAAAUGCAAGCUGUUACACUCACAGUUGCCAAGAAAGGGCCAAGAACAGCUCACGUGUGCUAAAGUUGUGUUCUUAGCUUUUGAGACGGAUGGAAGGUCGAAAUUUUAUAAAGGCUAUUUUUCCCGGUGUGACUUUGAAUUAUUGUAAAGUUGAUUCUUGAAUCAUGAAUUGUUGAUAUAGAUGUCAUCCAAGUGCUUCCCCCCCUCCUUUAAAUUGACAGAAGUAGAUAAUGACACCUGGCUACCUAAAGUUAUUACUUAUGGUAAAAAAGCAUAAAACAUUCUGUACAAGUUCUUGUUAAAAUGUUAUCCCUAUUAUGCUGAACUUUCUCACUCUCUCUCUCCUGAGCCUUAGUUUCUCCGCCAAGGCUUUGCACAAUUGGGACUUAUGCAGUUCCCCAGUGCUUAUCGAUUGGUAAUGCUCCUCCUGUGGGUGUCUUCCGUUGUGGGCCAGGGGUGUCCUGAUGUCCCCUGCCCACUGUGAACUGGGUGUCCUAACUUCUUCAACUCACUGAAACUUAUCACUCCACACCCCAAUCCUGCUGCCCUCAGCAUUAAAGUAGUUCUGACAUAGAUGUUGCGGUGCCUUCUGCUUUCACUUAGCUGUAGCGUCCUCCGUCUCCAGCUGCCUCGUGUUGUUUUGCCUUGUGCAUGCUACCUCAGCUUGCUGGAAAGGGGAUUAUUGCUGGAGAAAAAAACAAGAGGCAGGGAAGCAAAAUCAAGUGAUUAAGGAAGGGAUCGUUUCCCCUUGCUCUGCAACUGUGAACAUUUAAUAUGUGCAAAACCCUAUCCCCACAAAAGGUCAAAGACUGAACCAAUCCCAAGAGCAUUUUUAUAGACC